AAAGUUCUUCUUCUCGUUGAAUUUAGAAGACAAUUCAUACAAGAUCUUUCCAGUAAUCAUAGAAUCUCGAGACAAGGAGGUCACGAUCGACAUUAAAGGAUCCAGAAACUCUGGUUUUGCUACGAAAAUUCCAAGAUUUCGUGAGAUUUGGGCGGAAGAACGAACGACAUGAGUUUUUUGUUCAAUCAAUGGGAUCGGUUCGGUAAUUCUGAAUUUAAAUCAUACUAUUUAUAAGUAGACCGGGAUUACAUACCAAACCGGAUUGAGCUCAAAACAAUUAGUUUAUGGCCCAUUAGUGGCCCAUUUUAAAAGAUCCAUCGGCCGAAGAAUCUGAGAUUUCUUGUUCAAGGGGUUGGGAACUCCUGCGAUUUAUCUGUGCUCAGCUACUCCCAAAGCUCUCUCAUCUCUCUCUCGUCUCCUCCUUCUCCAUAGCCUAAAGCUUCUUUGUUUUGUCACCAGAGUUUCAACUACUCGUGCUUUGAGUUUGAUUCUCGUUGGAUUUUUCACGAUGGGAGACAGCGGGAAGCUUGAGGCGACGGUAGAUCGGCUUCUGAAUGAAGAGAAGCAGAUGAGACUCGCGGAAAACGUCGCCGGUACAAGGAAAGCCGCCACUGAGAUUCUUCAGCUUUGUUUCGAAGCUAAGGAUUGGAAGCUUCUGAAUGAGCAGAUUCUCAAUCUGUCUAAGAAACGUGGUCAGCUCAAACAGGCUGUGCAAUCCAUGGUGCAGCAGGCUAUGCAGUAUAUUGAUCAGACACCAGACAUUGAAACUCGGAUAGAGCUUAUUAAGACAUUGAACAAUGUAUCUGCUGGAAAGAUAUAUGUUGAAAUCGAGAGGGCACGCCUCACCAAGAAGCUUGCUAAGAUAAAGGAAGAACAGGGUCAAAUAGCUGAAGCUGCAGAUCUUAUGCAAGAAGUUGCUGUGGAGACAUUUGGCGCUAUGGCAAAAACUGAGAAAAUUGCAUUUAUCCUUGAACAAGUUCGCUUGUGCUUGGAUCGUCAAGAUUUUGUUCGUGCACAAAUCUUAUCUAGGAAGAUCAAUCCUAGAGUUUUUGAUGCAGACACAAAGAAAGAUAAGAAGAAACCUAAGGAAGGCGAUAACAUGGUAGAGGAGGCUCCUGCUGAUAUACCAACCUUGUUGGAGCUUAAGCGGAUUUACUACGAGCUUAUGAUUCGGUACUAUACUCAUAACAAUGAGUACCUUGAAAUCUGCCGUAGCUACAAGGCGAUUUAUGAUAUCCCUUCUGUAAAAGAAACACCGGAGCAGUGGAUUCCGGUCCUGAGGAAGAUCUGCUGGUUCUUGGUCUUGGCACCUCAUGACCCAAUGCAAUCAAGCUUGCUCAAUGCAACUCUGGAAGACAAGAAUUUAUCAGAAAUCCCUGAUUUCAAGAUGCUUCUAAAACAGGUAGUGACAAUGGAGGUUAUUCAAUGGACAUCUCUGUGGAACAAAUACAAGGAUGAGUUCGAGAAAGAGAAAAGCAUGGUUGGAGGUUCUUUGGGUGACAAAGCUGGUGAAGAUCUGAAACUGAGAAUCAUCGAACAUAAUAUUCUUGUUGUCUCAAAGUAUUACGCAAGGAUAACCUUAAAGAGACUUGCCGAGCUUUUAUGCCUGAGCAUAGAGGAGGCGGAGAAGCAUCUGUCGGAGAUGGUAGUGUCAAAAGCACUGAUUGCAAAAAUAGACAGACCAUCAGGGAUUGUGUGCUUCCAGAUCGCAAAGGACAGCAACGAGAUUCUAAACUCGUGGGCAGGGAAUUUGGAGAAGCUUUUAGAUCUUGUCGAAAAGAGUUGCCACCAAAUUCACAAGGAAACCAUGGUUCACAAAGCCGCUCUCAGACCUUGAAAACAACAUGUGUCUUCAUGAAACUUAUUUCAGGAUCUUCUUCGUUGAGUUAUCAGCAUCUUUAUGUGGUAAAAACUCGAAUCAGUGUUUCCUUUUAAAAAUGUACUAUGGUUGUGUACACUAACGAAGUUUUUUGCCACUUUUGGUUAUUUCAAGUAUUUGUUGUUGGUGGAUUAA